CUUAACAACAAAGAAAACAUGCCAAAACCUACUUCAUCUAGCCUUAAGUCCUCAGAUACAAGCUUUACUUCAAACUCUUCAGAUUCUAUCAAAGAUACAAAAACAGCUUCUCAAACUAAUAGCAAAGCAUCCUGA